CAGAAUGUAUGUGUGCUCAGAAGCUGAAGUCAUGACAGAAGAGCCCACUUAUGGAAAUGUUCAGUUUUGGGAGCUGGAGGGCCACUCUUCAUUGGAGCAACAAGGCGAAAAGAACUUGAGACAAAAACCAGAACUCAUAGGGUAUGUGGAUUCAGGAGCUUAUGCCUUUGAAGAAGACCAUACGUAUGGAAAUGUCCAAUAUUGGGACCAGGAGGUCCACUCAUCACUGGAGCAACAAGACAAAAAGAAGAAGAAGAGGAAGAAGAAGAAAAGAGAAACAUCAGAGCUCAAAGGGUCUGUGGAUUCAGAAGCUAAAACCAAUAAAGAUGGACACACACAUGAGGUUCUUCAAAUAAAGGACCUGGAGGUCCACUCAUCACCAGGGCAACAAGACAAGAACAUGACGGCAACAGUCCCUGACACUGAGGCCAUAGGACACAAAACUUGUUCAUUAUGUUGCAGGAUCAUUACACUCAUCAUACUCAUAACUCUUGGCCUAGCAAUCACUGUGGUCUGUCUGCUUGUAAUGGACAAAAAAAGUGAUGGCAUGGAAUAUUCUACUAAUUCAUGGAACACAACAGCUCCAGGUAACACGGCUUUUUCCAACUCUGUGUCUGAACUCACCGAGCCUGAAAAUAGGGGUCAGGUUACAUCAUAUAACCAAAAAGAAUCAGUAAAUAAGAUCACUUUCUCAGCUUUGGGUGUCAACUCUUACUAUUUCUCGAGUGACAAGAAAGCUUGGAAGAGCGCCAGACUCUUCUGUGAAGAGAAUCGGGCGAGCCUCGCUGUAUUUAAGGAUAAAGAAGAUCUGGACAAAGUUACACAGAACUUCAGUCAGGCAAUGGGUGGAGGAAGCUACUGGAUUGGACUGAACAAAGAUGACACUGGGCCACACUGGCACUGGGUGGGUGGGAUCCCAUUGGACUCACACAGUUUCAAUUUGGACAUCAGUGAGCCAUCCCGAAGCUGUGCGAUGAUGACAAUUGUCGGCCUCAAAGCUUCCCAGUGUGCCACAAUAAACAAAUGGAUUUGUCAAAAGAGCACAGCUGUGAAAUGACAAAGGACAAGGACUGUUCUGGUGAGGAGUACCAUCUACUGCUUGAUUGCCCCUGUCAGAAGUCUCAUUUACACUUUGAAAAGUCAUUGGAUGUGACCAACUCAGAGAAGACGGAUUUACACUUUGGCUCACCAAACCUGAAAGCCCAGAAAUUAGCUGACAAGCCUGAUGAUU